GAGGGAAUCCCCGCCCAUCCUGGAGGCUCGGAGGAUACCCGGCGAUGCCUGCGAGGAGCUGACUCCCAGUGCCGGUGUGAAUAAGCCCAAGGGAGGCCAAGCUGUCACUGCUGGAAGAGUACCCGAUUUCCAUGUCAUUUGCACGGAUCUUGCUGUGAAAUGAACCAAGCAGGGACUUGUCGGAUACUUCCUGGCUUCCCUUGUUGAGUAUUCUGAAGCCAUUGUCUCACUGUUGUUCUAAUUGUGUCCUGUCCUCCUCUUGCCAAGGCAAACAGCCCCGUCUCAAGGAGGCAUUCCAAGACUCAUCUACCAGUCUGAACAUGAACACAGGCAGAGCUGAUGACAGCCAGGGUUCCCGAAAGACAUGGGGCCCUGCGGGGUCUGGCCCUCAGCAGCAGGACCUCUCAUGAUGCUGGUGUCCUGGAGUGAGCACCAUGCCCAUCACCCAGGACAAUGCUGGGCUGCACCUGCCCCUCCUCUGCCAGUGGCUGCAGAACAGCCUUCGGGAGGGCGGGGAUGGGCCCGAGCAGCGGCUCUGCCAGGCGGCCAUCCGGAAGCUGCAGGAAUACAUCCAGCUCAACUUGGCUGUGGAAGAGAACCCGGUGGCCCCUGACCAUAGCCCCCCAGAAAUGGAGAUUUGUACUGUGUACCUCACCAAGCAGCUGGGGGACACAGAGACUGUGGGCCUCAGUUUUGGGAACAUCCCUGUUUUCGGGGAUUAUGGUGAAAAGCGCAGAGGGGGCAAGAAGAGGAAAACCCACCAGGGUCCUGUGCUGGAUGUGGGCUGCAUCUGGGUGACAGAGCUGAGGAAGAACAGCCCGGCAGGAAAGAGUGGGAAGGUCCGACUGCGGGACGAGAUCCUCUCCCUGAACGGGCAGCUGAUGGUCGGAGUCGACGUCAGUGGGGCCAGUUACCUGGCUGAGCAGUGCUGGAAUGGCGGCUUCAUCUACCUGAUCAUGCUGCGGCGCUUCAAGCACAAAGCCCACUCGACUUACAAUGGCAACGGCAGCAAUAGCUCGGAACCAGGAGAGACACCUACCUUGGAGCUGGGCGACCAAACUUCGAAGAAGGGAAAAAGAACAAGAAAGUUUGGGGUCAUUUCCAGACCUCCCACCAACAAGGCCCCUGAGGAGUCCAAGAACAGCGCGGGCUGUGAGUUGGCGCACGAUCCCAGCUCUGAGCUGGAGAAUGGCAGCGCAGACCCUGAGCUCGGAAACGGACACGGCUCUGAGCUACAGAAUGGCUCACAUUCUCUCAAGGACGUGGCCGGACCCAAUCUGGAGAGGUCAGAAGUAGACAAAGGGGCAGAGCCUCAAAUUCCAAAGACAGAGGCUCCUGUGACCACGGGCGCAGGCGGUGACAAACGCCGCUUCUCCAAAGCUGGGAAGACGGACUUCCAGUCCAGUGACUGCCUGCCUCGGGAGGAAGUUGGUCGGAUAUGGAAGAUGGAGCUGCUCAAAGAAUCAGAUGGGCUGGGAAUUCAGGUUAGUGGAGGCCGAGGAUCAAAGCGCUCACCUCACGCUAUCGUUGUCACUCAAGUGAAGGAAGGAGGUGCCGCUCACAGGGAUGGCAGACUGUCCUUGGGAGAUGAACUGCUGGUGAUCAAUGGUCACUUACUGAUCGGGCUCUCCCACGAGGAAGCUGUAGCCAUUCUUCGCUCUGCCACUGGAAUGGUGCAGCUGGUGGUGGCCAGCAAGGAAACCUCUGCAGAGGACCUGCUCAGGCUGACUUCUAAGAGCUUGCCGGAUCUGACCAGCUCAGUCGAAGACGUAUCCUCUUGGACUGACAAUGAAGACCAGGAGCCGGAUGGGGACGAGGAGGAAGGGAGCGGCUCAUCUUCCAUCCCGAGAGUGAUGCCUGGGACCGAGGAGCCCCAAGAUGUGUGCGGCCCUGAGGAACCCAAAGGGAGCCCGCAAAGUCCCAAACAGGCCAGCAGUAAAAUGAAGCUCAAGAGUCGUCUUUCGGGGGGUGUCCACCGCCUGGAGUCUGUUGAAGAAUAUAACGAGCUGAUGGUGCGCAAUGGGGACCCUCGAGUCAGGAUGCUGGAGGUCUCCCGAGAUGGCAGGAAACACUCCCUUCCUCAACUUCUGGACUCCUCUGGGACAGGACAGGAAUACCACAUCGUGAAGAAGUCCACCCGCUCCCUCAGCACGACUCAUGUGGAAUCUCCUUGGAGACUCAUUCGGCCUUCUGUUAUCUCCAUCAUUGGGCUGUACAAAGAAAAAGGCAAGGGCCUCGGCUUUAGCAUUGCUGGAGGUCGAGACUGCAUUCGAGGCCAGAUGGGGAUUUUCGUGAAGACCAUCUUCCCAAACGGGUCAGCCGCAGAGGACGGAAGACUUAAGGAAGGGGAUGAAAUCCUAGAUGUAAAUGGAAUACCAAUAAAAGGCUUGACGUUUCAAGAAGCCAUUCAUACCUUCAAGCAAAUCCGGAGUGGGCUGUUUGUGUUAACAGUUCGCACCAAGUUACUGAGCCCCAGCCUCACACCCUGCUCGACCCCCACACACAUGAGCAGAUCGAGCUCUCCGAACUUCAACACCAGUGGGGGGACUUCAAGCGAGGAAGGCAGCUCCUCCGUGGGACGGAAGGCCCCGGGACCCAAGGACAGAAUUGUCAUGGAAGUCACACUCAACAAAGAGCCAAGGGUUGGAUUGGGCAUUGGUGCCUGCUGCUUAGCUUUGGAAAACAGUCCUCCUGGCAUCUACAUCCACAGCCUUGCCCCGGGAUCAGUGGCCAAGAUGGAGAGCAACCUGAGCCGUGGAGACCAGAUCCUAGAAGUGAAUUCCGUCAAUGUCCGCCACGCCGCUCUAAGUAAAGUGCACUCCAUCCUGAGCAAGUGCCCUCCGGGACCCGUCCGCCUGGUCAUCGGCCGCCACCCCAACCCCAAGGUUUCCGAGCAGGAAAUGGACGAAGUGAUAGCACGCAGCACUUACCAGGAAAGCAAAGAGGCCAAUUCUUCUCCUGGCUUAGGUACCCCCUUGAAGAGUCCCUCUCUUACCAAAAAGGAAUCCCUUAUUUCUGAUUCUGAAUUCUCCCAGUACUUUGCCCACGAUGCCCAGGGCUCCUUGUCAGACUUCAUGGCAGCCGGCUCUGAGGACGAGGAUCACCCAGGAAGUGGCUGCGGCGCAUCCGAGGACACCAGCCCGACCCCCAGUGCCUCCAUUCACAGGGAGCCAGGAAAACCCCGAGCCAACAGCCUUGUGGCCCUCGGAAGCCAGCGGUCCUCUGGCCUCUUCCACAAGCAGGUGACAGUUACCAGACAAGCCAGUCUCCCUGGAAGCCCGCAGGCCCUCAGGAACCCUCUCCUCCGCCAGAGGAAGGUAGGCUGCUACGACGCCAAUGAUGCCAGUGAUGAGGAAGAGUUCGAUGGAGAGGGGGACUGCAUUUCACUCCCAGGAGCCCUCCCAGGUUCCGGCAGGCUCCUGACAGAGGGUGGCGCCAGGCGUGUCUCCAUGACCUCUCCCAAGGCUGUGGACGUCAAGCAAGAGGAACCGCCCCAGAAAACACUGGUCAGCAAGGCCUCCUCGGUGCCGCUCCUGGGCAGCUCGCUGAGUUUAGAGGAGAAUGUGCCAGAGGGUGCGGCGCCCGCUCCUUCCCAGGCAGCCGGCCGAGCCCCCAAGCGCGGCCCGGGAGGCUCGGGAAGAAAGGAACUGUCAGGAUCACGGAGUUCGCCCAAAUUGGAAUACAAAGUCCAUGCAGACACCCAGGGUGUGAUGAGCACAGAGAACCCCAUUUCUCCCAAGCAGAAGAGUGAAGACCUGGGGUCCAGGCACAAACCAGUGGCCAAGGUCGCCCCUCACUGCAAGAGGCCCACAGCUGAGACAGCGGCCCUGACCGGCAGAGCCAAUGGGACAUAUGGUCAGGACUCGAAGGUCCAAGCCACCCUCGUCGGGGGGAUUAGCACUGGUCUGCAGCCAGCGAGAACCGUGGAGAAGGAACCUUUGGGAAAGCUGGCCCCUGGGGACGGACGUGUCCCCACUGACUGCGGGACACCCAGAGCUCUGUCCCACAUGGACACUGGACGCCUCACAGAGAACCUGUCUGAAGCGGCACCAGAGCAGGGACCACAACCCGAGACUGGACCGGACAGCUCCCUGGCCCUCCUCCCUUCCCCAGGAAAGAAGGGAGCUGCUCCUCCUCACCCCCGCACGGUCUCCACAGACACAGGGCAAGUCAGCCGGCCCGAGAGCCCCAGCCAGCCCGCCUCAUGCAGGGCCCGCGAGCCCGAGUCCCAGGGUGGCUCUGUGGUGAGGCUGCCCGGCGAGUGCCCCCCAUCCGCAGUGGGGACAGCAGCGGCUCCUCUUGACCUCAGCAAGACCCAGGCUGCACCAGGAGCCCGCUCGCCAGACGACACCAUGAAAGUGGCCGCCCCCAGGGGCGCAGGACCAGGGUCUGAGGGAGCCGCUCCAGCCAGCACUGUCCUGCCACCAGACCCCCACGCUUCCCAGGAGGGGAGUCAAGGAGCUCCAAGUGACCACAGGCAGGCCUCUGCGGUGACCGGAGUCUGCGCGCCUCACAGCUCCCAGCAGGCUGCUCUGCUCCGGGGCCCAGAUUUUCUGUCUGCGAGCCCCUCCCUGCCAGCGUCCACUGACAGGAUCAAAGACACAUGUGACGGUGUCUCGGGGCACUGCUGCCCGUCUGGGAGCACGGGGAGCCCCGUGACAGACAUCGACAGCUUCAUUGAGGAAUCAGAGGCUCCUGCAGCCACGCUCCAGUCUCCCCUGAAGGGGGAUUGUGGAGGUCAUGAGGGCAGCUGUCAGAGUUGGCCGCUGGUGGGGGCCGCAGGUGGCAGUGCCCACCUUGCCCGGCCAGUCAUGGGCACCCAGACACCCUCCCCAAAGAAGGCCUGGGGUACGGGUCCACCUGCGGCGCCACAGUGGGCCUCCCAGCCUUCAGUUCUGGACUCCAUUCACCCUGACAGACACUUUACUGUGAACAAAAACUUUCUGAGCAGCUACUCUAGAAAUCUUAGCAGUUUUCCUGAGGACAGUGUUUCCCUGUCAGGCCCGGGCCACAGCACAGAGCCCUCUCUCUCAUCCAUGUAUGGCGACGCUGAGGACUCAUCUUCUGACCCAGAGUCACUCUCUGAAGCUGCACAAGCUUCUACCAGAUCCAGCUGGUCACCCCCUCGUCCACAUGGGGCUUCUCAGAAGGAAGACCCCGCAGAGUCUGAGGAAGAGCAAAUUGAAAUUUGUUGCACAGAUGGUUGCCCCAGUCUCCCCUCAGCAAACACCCGUCCUCCCACGCAGGCUACGCCCUGCCCUGCUUCAGCCAGAGUUCUGCCACUGCAGCACAGUGCCCAGAGUGAGUCCACGGACAGCCCCUGUGAGAAAGCCUCCUUCCUGCCAAGAGCCUCAUGCACUUCCAUCCCAAACUCUCCCCGGCCACCCUCACUCCUGGAUAUAAGCAUCCAGGAGCAGGAAACUCCUGCAGACGUAAGUGCUUCGCAGAACCACGGGUCCUUGUGUGCCGAGGACACUGUGGGAGUCCCCAGAGCUAGCUCAGCCCUGGACAGCAGCCCGCCCUCUAUGGCCACCAGGCACUGUCACGACCUACCAGUCACACUCAGCUCCCCCAGCAUGAUGAAUGGCUUGGAACGUAACCUGCUGGAUGACAAAACCCCAGGUAAGCAAGAAACAAAUGCUAUUGCAAUGGAAACCGUGUACUCCUUUGGCACAGCUGUCCCUAAGAAUGGAGAGUCGGUUCUGGCAAAUCUACACAUCUCUGAAAGUCAAGACUUGGAUGACUUGUUACAGAAACCCAAAAUGAUCUCUAAGAGGCCCAUCAUGGCCUGGUUGAAAGAAAUAAAUAAGAAUAACUUCAGUACCCAUGUACAGAGCAAAACUGAGAUGGAGCCCUGCACGCCACCCUCCAGGAGUCCUGACUCCAAAAUCCAGGUGUUAAACUCAAGCCACAAAAAGGGGGUUGCUAUGCCCUGUAGCCCUCCUCCGCUGAAAGUCAGUCCUGAGAAUAAGGACUCACCUAAAAAGGGUUCGGUGGAAGCACUUUUGAGUAACUGUCAGAAAGCCAAGUGUGGCCCUAAGCUAAAGAGACUCAGCAUCAAAAGUAAAAGCAAAGUUGCCUGUGAGGUCGCUGCUUCGAACUCUGCUAAGGCCGCCGGGGUGGAUCACAGGAAGUCCUUCGUUUCCCCCCAGACCUCACACAGGACGCUUCCUAAGGGAGCAUCACACCGGCUCCACACAGCUGACCAUGAGGAACCUGACAGAAACACCACAGACGCCCCCAGGUCUCCCCAGGACAUGCUGGAGAGCAAGCCCCCGCUGGCUGCCUCUGCUUCGCUGAAAUCCUCGGCAUCGGACACAAGCCUCCGAUCGGCCCCUUCACCCCUGACCUCCCCCAAGCCUCUUCCCGAGCCAGGUACAUGUAGUAGGUUCCACGCGGCCGUCCACUCAGCAGCCAGCCGAGGCUGCUCUGCUACCCCCCGACCCCCUCGGGGUGCCAGUGCAGACUCUGGGCCCUUGAGUCCCACAGCCUUGGGGCGCAGCGUGUCCUUGGCAGGGAUCAGACAGGGAGAGCAGCACACGUCCAGCCAAAGGGACUCGGCAUCAGAAGUCCAGCCCAGGGGCAAUGGUGAAAAAGGCAGCAGAAGGCUUGUCUGUGAUCCCCUAGAAAGAACAAACCAGCUGAAAAUAGUAGAGAUUUCUUCUGAAAGAAUGCCAAAGAAUGCAUGUGGUGACAAGCCAGCUUUAAGUGACAGACAGGGAGGGUUCUCGGCCCAGAGGCACUGUCAGGAGAAGAGUGAAAUCAGAUCCCACCAGUCAGUGGAACUGUCCCCAAAUUACGCAUCCUCAGUCAUGUCUCAUGCCUCUCCGGUGGAGCAGGAAACGCAGCGAUCAUUCUGUGUUGCCAAACUGGCUUCCUCCUCCUCCCCUCAACCGCCUGCUAAAAAACCAGCUUCCCCCCAGGGAGGACCAAGCCAGACAUCAGACUCCCUAGCAGUGCCCGGGAAUGGGACUCCAGCGGGCCCUCCAGGGGAGGACGCUCCCUGCUUCACACCUCGGCCGGCCACCAGGACCUACUCCAUGCCAGCCCAGUUCUCAAGCCAUUUCGGACGGGAGGGCCUUGCCCCACACAGCCCAGGUCGCUCUCCCCGGGACAGCCAGGUGCCUGGGAAGAGCAGUGGUCACCCUCUGGAGGCAAAGGCACCCAAAGGUGGCGUUCUGGGCCUGCCUAAUGGACAGGGUGUAUACAGCGUGAAGCCCCUGCUGGAAACGUCAAGGAACCUCCAAACCUCGGGCGAAGGAGAUGUCGCCGUGGCCCAGGAGACAAGCUGCCCCUUCGCAGACAAAGUCAAAGUCACCAGGAGGCAUUACUACUACGAGCAGAACUGGCCCCUCGAAUCUACCUCAUUCUUUUCUGUGAAGCAAAGGAUCAAGUCCUUUGAGAACCUGGCCAAUUCUGACCGGCCCACAGCGAAGGCUGGGGUGUCCCCGUUUUUGUCGGUGAGCACCAAGCCUCCCAUUGGCAGACGGUCUUCUGGAAACAUCACCUCUGGGAGCCUCUGCCACGCCAGUGACGCCGCCGCGAGGUCACUGAGGCGCAGCCUGAGCUCCUGCAGCGAAAGCCAAAGCGAAGCCAGUGCCCUUCUCCCGCAAAUGACCAAGUCCCCGUCGAGCACGAUGCUGGUAGUUUCCCGGCAGAAUCCACCAGAGACCGUCAGCAAGGCUUCCCAUUCGAACCAAAAGAAAUCCCUGGUUCCUCUGGGAAUUCCCGCCCCAACAGUGACCCCGCCCUCUCCCACCAGGAAGAGUAAGUCCUCGGUGCGCCACACGCAGCCCUCCCCUGUGUCCCGCUCCAAGCUGCAGGAGCUGAGGGCACUGAGCAUGCCUGAUCUGGACAAGCUCUGUGGGGGCGAGGACUACCCUGCAGGGCCCGCUGCUGUCAUCUUCAAAACCCAGCUGGAGAUUGUCCCCAGGAGGUCGUGCAGCGGCCCCCUGGCAGGAGCCAGUGCGGCCAGCGAAGGGACUGCACCCGCCCGGGACCUGCCUUCCGGGAAAAGCUGGUCCGUUAAUUUAGAUCAACUUCUCGUCUCAGCGGAGGACCAGCAGAGAUUACAGGCCGUUUUAGAGUCCGUGGGGUCGAAAUCUACCAUCCUUACUCUCCUUCAGGAAGCGAAAGCACAAUCCGAGAAUAAAGAAGAUGUUUGCUUCGUAGUGUUGAAUAAAAAAGAAGGCUCAGGUCUGGGAUUCAGUGUGGUAGGAGGGACAGAUGUGGACCUGAAACCAGUCAUGAUCCACAGGUUGUUUUCUCAGGGGAUGGCUUCUCAGGAAGGGACUGUGAGCCAAGGGGACUUCCUUCUGUCUGUCAACGGUGCCUCGCUGGCCAGCUUGGCCCAGGGAGACGUCCUGAAGGCUCUGCAUCAGGCACAGCUGCACAAGCAGGUCCUCCUGGUCAUCAAGAAAGGGAGCAACCAGCCCAGGAACCCCAGCAGGCAGGAGCCUCCCGUGGCCCAUGGAAAGGGUUCACUAGCCAAAAAGACCAGCUCGCAGGAGCCUGGAACCGGGCGAGGUGGAGCUGCUAACGAUGCUCUGUGUGUUGAAGUGCUGAAGACCUCAGCGGGGCUGGGGCUGAGUUUGGAUGGAGGCAAAGCGUCUGUGUCCGGGGACGGACCCCUGCUCAUUAAAAGGGUCUACAAAGGCGGCGCAGCAGAGCAAGCUGGAACAAUAGAAGCUGGAGAUGAAAUUCUUGCUAUUAAUGGGAAACCCCUGGCUGGGCUCACGCACUUCGAUGCCUGGAAUAUUUUGAAGUCUGUUCCAGAAGGUCCUGUGCAGUUAGUAAUCAGGAAGCACAGGAAUUCUUCGUGAAUUCUGACAAGAAUCACUUCUCAGUUCUAUUUCAGCGAAUCAAAAUGACUUCUUUAAAUGACGGGUUGAGACAACAAGCAAUGGCAUAGAUGAUACAAGCUCCCCACAUUUGUCCUUACACACGAAGUCUGACCUACUGUGCGCAGCAACUAUGAAGGGAAACUCCAGAAGCUGUUCACCUGGACCAGGCUGGGGGUUCGUUUUGUUCCAGCACCUGUCCCCUCCUUUUAUGUUUGCAGGGGGAUACACGAGGCGACAUGCCCUUCUUCAUCUGAAACACCUAGCUACACCUCUACAUCCCUCCUGCGCCAUCUUCCAGCAUCUAAUCCUGCUGAGUAGGGCCCCGAGAGGUGACACAAAUGUCACAGCUAACAAGACUAUAGUUUCAUAUGAUUUUGUAAGUAAAUGACACAAUGCUCUGAGGCACAUUCAAUGGAAAGAGGAGCUGUAGGUAGGUAGGUAGUACCCUGAAAAGAAAAUGAAUAAUGACCUAAUCCGUAGGCUGAGCUCAGGAAUUACCCCAAACUGAAAAGGCAAAAUACAGAAAGUAGUAUUUAAUGAGUGUAAUGUACAAUGUAUGGAAGCAGAGUUCAACUCAAUGAGUUGACUAUGAAGUAUUGAUCAUUUUCUAUUUCUGCAAAUUUCUUUUAAGUCAUGCAGCUGUUUUAGAGAAUUAGCAACCCCGAUAAACUGUACUACAUAGCUGCGAGCUUUGCUGCUGGAAGGAGCAGGAAGUUCCAGAUGUGAAAGCACCUUGCACCUCGUUUUCAAACUGGUUUUGAGUAAAUGCUUGAUUUCAAGACUAGUCACAAAAGCAGGCAAAAUUUUCAGCCACUAGGUCUCCAUUUCUACAUCUUAUGCACUCCACGUACUAAUUUAAAUUUCAGAAAUCAAGUAUCUUUUUAAUGCCCUUGGAUUUAGAGACAGGGGCAUUCUAUUUAAAAUCCAAAUUGAAAAGUCUGAAAUAAUCCUCUGAGGAGAAUUGUCUGGACCGUUUUUCUCCUCUUCCCCACACAUUUAAAUAACAUAGCUUUCUAAGUCACAGUUCUCUUUUUCUUGACCUGGUGCAAUGACAGAGAUCUGCAGUAACUGAAAGUUUUGUUUUCCUGCAGACUGUCGUGACUCACGCUGCUUAUAAAUCCCCCUGGCCGCCAUUAGCUCCUCUGAAGUGGCCAUCCCUUGUCACAAUGUUGACUUUUCUUCCCUCCCACUCUACCUUCUUUUCCUAAAUUCCAAAGCCUCACCAGCUUGGUUUACCAAAAUGUCCUAAGAAUGAGGAAGAAAAAUGGAAAAACAGGGUGAGUCAAGGUAAAGGGUCAUGCAAUAUUUACAAUCCAAAUCCUCGGGUGGCACAGGUCAGCCCACUGAGUUCCAGGAAUACGGGUGGAGAUUGCAUUAGUCAUACCUGAACACAUGAUGCUGAGAUUUUAUGUUGGCGAUUUCUUUACAUAACUUACAGCUAUGUCUAUGACUACAAGCCUUGGACCAUGGAAAUACACAAGCUAUCACCUUUGUACAUCAUUUUUCUGAGUGACUAACCCUGCUAUAUAUCUAUGGAGCUAGCCCAGAGAGGUCCCUCGGAUGAAGUAUCUGGCUUAUCUGAGCCCAGAUUUCUCACUUUUCAACAGGUUAUACAGAGGAAUAUGCAGUACAGAAGUUAGCUAGAAAACCUGAUUGAUUUAAUGUCUACUUUUCAUUGCAGUUACAGGUAGGAUACUAUAGGAAAUCAGUGCAAGGUGCAUGCUAGAUUGUUUUUUAAGUCUCUGGGGUCAGUUUUGUGGUUUCUGCUUUCUUGCCUAAAUGAUGAAACUAUUUGAAGUCAACACUGAAAACCAAUUUUUCCUCCACUAUUAUAGCUAUGUCUAUUUAUAAGAAAUUCACAGUCAUAUGUGAUCAGACAGGAAUUUCUAGAGCAAAAUGGAGCAAUGGCGGGUCUUCUGAGUCCCUAAUCCUCAUGUCUGAAGAGUACAGGGUGAACCCCUGCCUUACCACACUAUGUUCAAUCAACCAUUUCUACAAAAAUCUUGCCUGAAGGGUUCCCCCGCCAACAGGAGGACUGAGGGAAGAAGCAAAAACUAAGCUGUCUUUGACCCUGGGAUAGAGAGCUAUUUAUUUGUCUUCGGUGUUCAAGGCAUGACUAGUAUUUCUAAUUAGUCUAAUAAAUUCCCACACUUCCUGAAGUGAACACUAAUGGUAUUGUCCUACCAGAACUUCCAUUGUUUUUUUCUUUUUUAAACUGGUCAGUCAUUCACAGUAGGCUAUGAGCGUAAAUAUGUGUUAAACAUGUAAAUCGUAGUUGCAAGAAUAUACAAUGAAGGCCGAGGAGCCUGGGUUUCGUUUCCACCCUCCCACACACAUCUCAUUGAAUUGUAUGGUUGACUUAAUUGGCACCACACCUGUUGUAUGAUAUUAUACAUUAUCCUUUAUUUAUGUAAAAUAAAAUGCCUUAUAUAUUAAAGAGUAAGUGCAAUAAUAUGAAAUAGCCUGUACAUUUUAAAAUGUUGUCGCCAAGUUAUGUAAAUCCACAUGUGUAAACAACUUUUUUAAGUAAUUUUAAAAAAUAAACUGCUUACUACUUGGUUUUUUUCAUUGUUAUUCAUUUAGAGUAAUAUCUAGAUGAAAUAACGACAGAUGCUACCUAGUUACCGUGUAAAUAGAUGAGAGGUACAAAGGCAAGAAAACUCUAAUCAGUCACUUUUCCAUUGGCCACACUCAAUCUUGACAUAAUCCAAAAUCAUUCCACCUCUAAAAUCUUAAACACCCAGCUCUUACACAACUUCCUGGCCUCUGGUCACUUCCUCCCACUACAUACUGUCGUCACCAAGCCCGCUAAUCCCUUGACAGCUGUGUACUUUCUCCCCGUCAGAACCAUACCCUUCUGUUGCCUUCCCUGGCUCAGACCCAGUCUGUCCAGCCCACAGGCUUGGGGCCCUUGCCCCACUGACCAAUCUUUCCAGUCAAGCCUGGAUUCUUCCCACUAGCCACCACCUUGGUUCCUAUUCCCCUACGCCUACAGAAAAAUCCCACACAGGAAGUAUAUGGCUGUAAGUUCUUUUCUCCGACUUCUACUGGACCGCUGCUGGUUCUUAGCAGUUGUCAGCUUUUUCCUCUCAUUUUUUACAAUUAUGUUCUGUUUCUCUCAGAAACCCUAAGUACUCGUCUUUACUCUCACACCAAGGCCAUGUGAGGCCCUACUUCACAGAGGGAAAUCAAGUAUCCACUUUACUUAGGCUGUUUGGUUUUAAGAUGCAGACAGCAACUUACAGGGAGCCCAAGAAAGAAGGAAAGAUGGCAUCUCCCAGGAAUCCAGGCUGGCACCCAGCAUGAGCUCAGUCACAGCUCUGGGAUUUCCUUAUCCCACGCCCUCUUGUAGGCUUCCAAAGUUAUCUGUGCUCUGUUUCUGCCACCCACCUAGCACCCUUUCCGCACUCAAGCAAUUGUUACCUAGAAACCUCCAGUGACUGCCACUUUGUCAUAAUUUCAGCUCACACAAUAUCCCACCAUUUUUGACAUACAAGCUGCUACUUAAUUCUUCCAUAUAUAUCCCAAAGGCUCUCAUUGCCUCAGCCUCCCUAUACUUGGCUAAAGCAUUUUCCCAGGAGAGGAAGUGUUUUUUUUUAAUUACCCCCUCCCUGAAGCCCACCAAAAUGAACAAAGAAGGAAACUCUAGUUCUACGAUAUGGAAACAGCCACUAACCCAUUCCAUGAAUUUGGAAAACUACACCACAUAUAGUAAGACCUAAGACCAAACUGAAGAACAAGUAAAUAGGAUACAAACCUGUCUGAGAGAGAAAGCACAGGAGGCAUGAAGUAAGAGUUCUUAAGAACAUCACCAAAACCCUUCCCUUCGAGAAACAGAUGCAGGAUGAGCCUGAUCUGGAGUCAUCUUCAUGCCUCAGGAUGGUGGGGAAGGUGAGGUGGAAAAGGGGAUCACUUUGAUUUUCCCCAGCACCUAGUGGUCAUUCUAAGUAGGUCAGAGUAACAGGCAGGGCGUAGUCUGAUCUGGGGAAGCCUCCAUCAGACAUAACUCUGCAAUGCAAGGACUCGGCCACUCAGUAAGAAAUAAGCUGCCAGUCACCACUACCCCACACAACCUCCUGAUCCCCACCAGAGCCCAGGAUGCCAGUCAAGAUUAUAAUCAGGUGCUGUACAGUGCCCCUCUAGGCCUGAAGGGUGAACUGAACGAUGCUUAAACAGCGAAAAGGCUCCACCAGUGACCAAGCUUAACCCAACACCAAGCUCAGGCAGAAUUCAUCUAAUCUAAAGUGGAUUCAGCAAGGCUCUUCCUUUAUAAAGAAAAGGGCAAAGAAAAGAGAAGCAAGGAAAAGGCACAGAGGGAGAGGAACAGAGUAUGGAAAAGUGCUCAAGUGUGCCCACACACAAAGCUCAGAGAAAAAGGACGAACACAUCCUCAUCAAAACUUGGAAGGCACCCCCAACAAAACUGUAAAGUCAGUGGGGACAAACCACCACCAGCGUUAGCACCAAGACAAUUUGGUACCACAAUCUGUACCAGAGAAGGAGGAGAAAGCAGGUCACCCGAUGGCCAAAAAGACCCCACCAAAAUCCAUACAAUAGGGAAGGUAGAGCUAGUGGACAGCAGAGCUGGAAUCUGAUGAGGGAGGCUGAGGCAGGAGGACUGCCACGAGUUCUAGAUCAACCUGGGCUACACAAUGAGUUCAAGGCCAGUCUGAACUACACAGUGACACCCUGUCUCAAAAAAAAAAAAAAAAAAAGUAAUAAGGUUCAGAUAAAAAGUGAGGGGAGUAGAUUUCAGACAAUUAGCUGCCAUAUUUUUAAACAUUCCACCAAAACAGAGACAAGGGCUAGAAAAUUUAGGCUUACCCAGCUCUCCUAAAAAGAACAGGAAAAGUAAUUCAUAUGAAAGAGACAGGACAUGCUAUAGAAGUGAUGGUGAACCUUUUAGAGCUUUCAAUGAUAACAGCCAGCUUCAGUACGCAUGCUAUAGGCUCACCACCACUGCUACAGGGUCAGU